AGUUUUAUUUCUAACAUGUUCUCACUCCGUCUUUCUCAGGGGAUGGAGGACGACGAUGACGACGGGACUCUGCUGGGCAAGUUUACAUACGACCAGGACGGAGACCCGACGCAGACGUUUGAGCUGCCUAAACCCAGCGAGGUCCAUCGCUACGUGGCCUUACGUGUGCUCAGCAACUGGGGUCACGCAGAGUACACGUGUCUGUACAGAUUCCGUGUACACGGAACGAUGGACGUCACAUGAUGUUUGAAGCACGAGUUUGUUUAAAUCUUGUAAAUAAUAAAUGUAUUUAA